AUGGCCGUGUCCACCCUGUCCGUCUGCUCCAGCGCCCUGAGCUAUGAGCGGCUCUGCCUGCCCGGUUCCUGCACCGGCUCCUGCUGGCAGGUGGACGACUGCCCAGAGAGCUGCUGCGAGCCCCACUGCCGCACCCCCAGCGGCUGCGCCCCGGCCCCCUGCCUGACCCUCGUCUGCGCCCCAGUGAGCUGCGUAUCCAGCCCCUGCUGCCAACCAGCCUGCACCGGCCCCUGCACGGCCUCGUGCCGCCAGCAGUCUAGCUGCCAGCCCCCCUGCCGCACCUGCUCCCCCUGCCAGCAGGCCUGCCGUGUGCCCGUCUGCUGCACACCUGUCUGCUGCACACCUGCGUGCUGCGAGCCCGUGUGUUGUGAGGCCGCCCCCUGCUCAGCCCCCUCGUGCUGCCAGCCCACCCCCUGCCCCUCGUCCUGCCGCAGACCCUCCUCCUCUGCGUACCUGCUCUGCCGCCCCGCCUGCUGCCCCACCUGCUGCAUACCCGCCUCGGGCACGUCCCGCAGCUGA